UUCUGCCCUCUCUUUAAUUUCUGACCUGUCCACUUCUCUGCAACUUUUGUCACUUCCUCCACCACCACCUCUUCUUUGAGAGAAAAACUCAGCCAGACACAAACACUGAGCAUUACACAGAAGCUAGUUAAAGCUAAACAGUUUCUUUCACUUCAAGAGUUUGAGUUCAAAACUGAGCUUGAAUCUGAAUCUCAACCAUUUUGCUUGAAAAUGGGUUGUUGUUCAGUGGUUUUGGUUUUUGUCUUCUCUCUUCUGGUUUUGCUUCUGAACCCACCAUGUGUUUAUGGGAAUGAUGAGCUUAGAGCACUCAUGGAUUUGAAAGCCACUUUGGACCCAGAAGGCCAUUUUCUCUCUUCAUGGAGCAUGAGUGGCAACCCAUGUGGUGGUUCCUUUGAAGGGGUGGCUUGCAAUGAGAAGGGUCAGGUAGCAAACGUUUCUUUGCAGGGAAAAGGACUCUCUGGGAAGCUUUCACCAGCCAUUGGUGGACUCAAGCACUUGACUGGACUCUACUUGCACUACAACUCUUUGUAUGGAGAGAUACCUCCAGAAAUAGCAAACUUGACUGAGCUCAGUGACUUGUACUUGAAUGUGAAUCAUUUAUCUGGCGAAAUCCCUCAUGUGAUCGGCAAGAUGGAGAGUCUACAAGUUUUGCAGCUUUGUUACAAUCAGUUAACAGGAAGCAUACCUACACAACUUGGCGACUUGAAAAAGCUUAAUGUUCUUGCUCUGCAGUCAAACCAGUUAACCGGAGCGAUCCCAGCUAGUCUAGGUGGUUUGGGAACGUUGAUGAGGCUAGAUUUGAGCUCUAAUCAUCUCUUUGGUUCCAUCCCCACAAGACUAGCUGAUGUUCCUUCACUGCAAAUUCUGGAUGUUCACAACAAUACUCUCUCUGGGAAUAUUCCCCCUGCUCUAAAGAGACUAGAUGAUGGAUUUGUGUUUGAAGACAAUUUGGGGCUGUGCGGAGUUGGGUUUUCAUCCUUGAAAGCUUGCAAUGCUUCAGAUCAUGUCAAUCCAAGUCGACCUGAACCUUACGGAGCAGGAGUUCCUGGUCUGUCAAGGGACAUCCCAGAAACUGCAAAUGUAAAGAUGCCUUGCAACACAACUCAGUGCAAAAAUUCAACAAAGUCCAAACAAGCAACGUCUAUUACUAUUGGCACAGUUCUGGUUACAAUUGCUGUAUCAGCAAUUGCUAUUCUGACCUUCACUAUGUAUCGUCGGCGGAAGCAAAAGCUUGGAAGUGCUUUUGAUAUCUCUGAAAGCCGUCUAAGUACUGAUCAAGCCAAGGGUAUAUACAGGAAAAAUGGAUCUCCUUUAGUCAGCCUUGAGUAUUCUAAUGGAUGGGACCCUUUAGCUGAUAGCAGAAAUUUCAACGGGGAUAAGCAAGAUAUUUUCCAGAGUUUCAGGUUCAACUUGGAAGAAGUGGAGUCAGCUACUCAGUAUUUUUCAGAGUUGAAUCUUUUGGGGAAGAGUAACUUCAGUGCAACAUAUAAAGGAGUUUUAAGAGAUGGGUCUAUUGUUGCUGUUAAGAGCAUCAGUAAAACUAGUUGCAAAUCGGAUGAGGCAGAGUUUUUGAAGGGCUUAAACAUUUUGACCUCGCUUAGGCAAGAGAAUUUGGUGAGGCUGAGAGGAUUCUGUUGUUCAAGGGGCCGGGGUGAAUGCUUCCUGAUCUAUGAUUUUGUUUCUAAUGGAAAUCUGUCGCGCUACCUUGAUAGGAAGGAAGGUGAAGGUGAAGUUCUUGAAUGGUCAACUAGAGUUUCCAUAGUGAAAGGAAUUGCAAAAGGUAUAGCAUAUCUACAUGCCCACAAAGCAAACAAACCCUCCCUUGUUCACCAAAACAUCUCAGCUGAGAAAGUGCUCAUUGAUCAGCGUCAUAAUCCGUUGCUUACAGAUUCCGGCCUGUACAAGCUUCUCACCAAUGACAUUGUCUUUUCUGCACUGAAGGGCAGUGCAGCCAAGGGUUACCUGGCUCCGGAAUACACCACCACUGGCCGGUUCACCGAGAAAAGCGAUGUUUAUGCUUUCGGGGUGCUUCUUUUCCAAGUCCUCACAGGGAAGCAGAAGAUCACCAGCUCAAUGCGCCUUGCCGCAGAGUCCCUCAGGUUCCAAGAACUCAUUGACCCGAAUCUUCAUGGCAGAUACUUCGAGUACGAGGCAGCCAAACUAGCUAGAAUGGCUUUGCUUUGCUCCCAUGACUCUCCCUUUGAGAGGCCAACCAUGGAAGCCAUUGUUCAAGAAGUGGGUAAUUGUAGUAGCUGUCUCUGAUUUGAAUUGUUAUCAUUGACUUAAACCAUCAUUGCCACACCUGUUUUUCUGUGGUUUAGCUACUGGCUAAUGAAAUCCUUUAACUUUGUGCUGGUGGUGAACCCUCUAAUGCAUGGCAUUGUUCUAUGUCCUUAACUAAAGGAAUAGCUUUUGUGAAUGUCUUGGAAAGUAGGUUGUAGUGUAGUGAAGAGAUUUUUAUUAGAUUUUUAUUUGGCCA